AUGGCCAGAAAACUAAUGAAUAAUGAUGGAGCAGACUCUAGAUGCCCUAAUUCAGAUGUUCGAGUGGUUCAGUUCGACCUCCAGCAACAGAUGUACCUCCCAACAUUAACCCAUACACAGAUGUACUACAGUCGUCAGCUGGCGUUUGUCAAUAUGGGAAUUCACUUGGAGGACGAAGGAAAGGGUAUCAUGUUUCUCUGGAAUGAAACUGUUGGGCAAAGGGGUUCCAACGAGAUCGUUUCCUGCCUUUACAAGUUUUUCACUUUUAGUGAAAUAGGAUACACUACAGAUAAGAAGAAAUUAAUUUUGUGGUCAGAUAACUGUGGUGGACAAAACAAGAACCAAGCUGUACUUGCUAUGGUCCUCGUUUUAAUUGCAAAAGGUUUCUUUUCAGAAAUUACUCAUAAAUUUCCUGUAAAGGGUCAUACAUUUCUCGCCUGCGAUCAUUGA